GAGGAGGAGGAGGAGGAGGAGGAGGAGGAGGAUGAGACUGCUGAAGUGGAUGCCGAAGCACCUACAGCUGAUAUUCCUGCUCCACCAGCUCAAGUCCCCACCGAGCCCGAGCCCUCGACCCCAUCGCCUCCUACACGCGCACGAUACUCAAGUCCCGACCGCGCAUCCUUCUCCGACGACGCAGCAUCCGCACCCUCAAGCGACUCCGAAGCCGACCCGGCUGCACGUUCACCCACUGCCACGACCGCCCCUGCAGCCCCGCAGAACGCGUUCGCAAAACUGCUCGAAGCCCAGAAAAAGAAGCAGCACCGCAAAGAACUCAAGCGCCUGAAGCGCUCGAAGCGGAUGCGCGCGAUGUUUGACGAAAAGGCAGAGGAGUCAGAGGACGAGUAUAAAGGCGUGGGCGGGUCGUCGCAGUCGGAUGAUGAGGAGGAUGAUAGCGAUGACGAGGAGGUGUUGGCGAAACAUCCUGAGUUGGUCGCUAUGAUGAAUGAUGAUGCUGAUGAAAAUGAAAACCGCGAGCGCGUGCAGGCGCGGUUUAACGAGGAAGAACGCGACCGCGACGAAAAACUCGUACAAGACCUCCUCAAAGGCGUCCACGGCGGCUUCCGCAAACGCAAGCACGCCGGCGGCGCGCUCGACCUGUCCGACGACUCUGAAGACGAAGCCGAGUACGAAGCGCGCCGGCGUCGGCAGCGGCGCAAGCAGCGCCGCCGGAAACUGCUGAUGGAGGACGAGAAGAUUGGGUCGCUGGCGACGGAUCCAAAGACAAAGGCGUUCUUUGACACGAUCGAGGAGGAUGAGAGGAAGGUUGUGGAGACAAAGUAUGUGUCGUUUGAGCAGUUGGCGAUGAUUAUUAAUGAUGAGUAGGGCGAUGUGAACGGGGGGAAUAUAUA